AUGGAGAUUUUUAGGAGACACAAGAUUAAUUUUACCUUACAUACACUGUCUAAUUUAUUUUUGUUUCAGACCCAGCAGGUGGCGUUCCUGUGUUUUCUAUUCACCCUGACCUUGACAGCGAACUGUGUCGUACUUACUCUCAUCUAUCUCUCACGGAAGCUAAAGUCGCGUAUGAACAUGUUCAUUGCUAACCUGGCAUGCGCAGAUCUGCUGGUAGCAUUUUUCUCCGUGCUGACAGACAUAAUUUGGAAGCUAACUAUCCAGUGGUACGCUGGACACAUAGGAUGUAAGCUCAUUAAGUUUAUCCAGGCAGUUGGUACUUAUGGUUCGACAUAUGCGCUGGUAGCACUCAGCAUCGACCGUCUUGACGCCAUAGCAAGGCCGAUGAGUAUGAGAGGCAAAACCCGGAGAUGCCGUAUACUUAUCGGAUUGAACUGGUCCUGCGCUAUUGUUUUCUCCAUCCCAAUGCUUUUGUCUUACAACCUUCAACUUGUGGAUGGACAUAUGCCCCAGUGCUGGAUGGAACUACCAGAGCCGUGGAUGUGGAAGGUAUAUAUUACGCUGAUAGCAACCCUGCUCCUGAUUAUCCCAGCUCUUAUCAUUGCUUUCUGCUACAUCUUCAUCGUCAUCGUCAUCUGGAGGCGGUCAAGUCUCUCAUUGAAUGCCACAAAUAGCGCUGAACACACGCGCAUUGUAUCAAAAGAUGCUCCAUCCGGGUCUCCAUCCGACAAAAGGAAGCGUGUUCACUGGACAGAGUGUAACGUAAGCUCCAGGGGUCUCAUCCCGAAAGCAAAAAUCAAAACCAUCAAAAUGACGUUCGUUAUAGUCUUAGCGUUCGUGUUUUGUUGGAGUCCGUAUUUUGUAUACGACCUCUUGGAUGUAUACGGUCACAUACCAAGGACAAAUGAGAUGAUUGCGGUCAGUACAUUUAUACAAAGUCUUGCUCCUCUUAACAGUGCGGCCAAUCCAAUCAUUUAUAUGUUGUUUAACAGCAAAAUGUACAAAAAGUACUUUAAAAACAAAAAACACCAAAAUUCGCCCAUCACAAGCACUGCAAGGACUAAUGUAUGA